GCACCGGCCCUGGGGCGCCACUCUCAGCCGGGCGGCGGCAGGCAUGGCCUCGGCAGCGGCGGCGGUGGCCCGUGGAGCGGGUGCAAGGGCGGCUGCUGCCCUGCGGGGCGGCUGCGGGACCGCGGCCCGGCGGCGGUCGCGAGCGAGCCUCGCUCGGCCCUUAUGCACAGCACCUGGGACCGCCCCGGACAUGAAGCUCUACCUGUGGGAGCGCUACCGGGAGGCAAAGAGAAGCACGGAAGAAUUGGUUCCUUCGAUUAUGAGCAACUUGUUGAAUCCAGAUGCCAUCUUCUCCAACAAUGAGAUGAGCCUGUCAGACAUUGAAAUCUAUGGCUUUGAUUAUGAUUACACCUUGGUAUUUUAUUCUAAGCACCUCCACACACUGAUAUUUAAUGCUGCUCGAGACCUUCUCAUCAACGAACACCGGUAUCCCGUGGAAAUCAGGAAAUAUGAGUAUGACCCAGACUUUGCAAUUCGUGGACUUCAUUAUGACGUGCAGCGGGCGGUCUUGAUGAAGAUCGAUGCUUUUCAUUACAUCCAGCUGGGAACUGUCUACAGAGGCCUCAGCGUGGUCCCCGAUGAGGAAGUCAUUGAAAUGUAUGAGGGGUCCCACGUGCCUUUGGAACAGAUGAGCGACUUUUAUGGGAAGAGCUCCCACGGAAACACCAUGAAGCAGUUCAUGGACAUCUUCUCCCUGCCGGAGAUGACGCUGCUGUCCUGUGUGAACGAGCACUUCCUGAAAAACAACAUCGACUAUGAGCCCGUCCACCUGUACAAAGACGUCAAGGAUUCCAUUCGGGAUGUGCACAUCAAAGGAAUCAUGUACAGAGCGAUCGAAGCAGAUAUUGAAAAGUAUAUCUGUUACGCCGAGCAGACCCGAGCGGUGUUGGCCAAACUGGCUGAUCAUGGCAAGAAGAUGUUUCUCAUCACCAAUAGCCCCAGUAGCUUUGUGGACAAAGGGAUGAGGUAUAUUGUUGGAAAAGACUGGCGGGACCUGUUCGAUGUGGUCAUUGUUCAGGCCGAGAAGCCAAACUUCUUUAAUGAUAAACGGAGACCUUUUCGAAAGGUGAAUGAGAAAGGCGUCUUACUCUGGGAUAAAAUCCACAAGUUGCAGAAAGGCCAGAUUUACAAGCAGGGCAAUUUAUAUGAAUUUUUGAAGCUUACCGGAUGGAGGGGAUCCAAAGUGUUGUAUUUCGGUGACCAUAUAUACAGCGACCUGGCGGACUUGACCCUGAAGCAUGGCUGGCGAACUGGUGCAAUUAUCCCAGAAUUAAGAUCUGAGCUCAAAAUCAUGAAUACGGAGCAGUACAUACAAACUAUGACAUGGCUGCAGACCCUGACUGGGUUAUUGGAACAGAUGCAGGUUCACAGAGAUGCUGUGUCCCAGAUGGUCUUGCAGGAGUGGAAGAAGGAGAGGAAGGAGAUGAGAGAAAUGACCAAAGGUUUCUUCAACGCCCAGUUCGGCAGCCUGUUCCGCACAGACCAGAACCCCACGUACUUCCUGCGGCGCCUGUCGCGCUUCGCCGACAUCUACAUGGCCUCGCUGAGCUGCCUCCUCAACUACGACGUCAGCCACACGUUCUACCCCCGGAGGACCCCGCUGCAGCACGAGCUUCCCGCCUGGUCCGACAGGCCCCCUGCGGCUGGGCUGCCGCUCCUGCAGGAGGCCCAGGCCAAGUAGCCGGGGGAGGCCGGCCCUACCCCGCGCGGGCCUCGCAGGGACGCGAGCAUCACGUUGGAGCCGAUGCGGAUGUGCCUGGCCCUUCUCUGCUCUAUGUCGCGGAGACUCUGCUCUAGCGCGUGACCACAGAGGUGUGCAGCCCCGGCCGUGGGCUUCUUGUUGACACCCUGUGAUCAGCCUUCUUGUUUCCCGAGGUACCGGCGUCUGACUCCUGGGUCGGGCAGGCUUCUUGAUGCCAUCUCUGUGUUCCAGCAGGUGACGUUUCGAAACUCUUUUUGUGACUCUUCCGAGGAAAACACAUGGAAAAAUGGAAUAUCCACAGGCAGUGCAGUGGCCCGGUGACGUGCUGCUUGCAGAAAGCCGGUGCUUUGGCGAGCGCUCUGGUAGCAUUCGGCCCCCGCCAGCGCCAGAGGUGGUCCCCAGACAGCAGCCGGGUCCCAGGUGUUAGGUACCAGGGCUUUGGCACUCUGGUGCCGCACUUGAAAGCAGACCCAGCCUCCCUGGAAGUCUUAUGUGAGAAACAACAAGAGAAGGUGCAAGCCCUUGGCCUUGAUUGUCCUCAGUAUCUGUUUCCUGUGUCCUGCUCCACGUGGGGGAAGGACAGACGGUGCCCCCAGUGAUGGGCAGGUUCACUCCUUGCUCCAGAAAAGGAGGGUGAGGAGAGAAGAGCUUCUGGUUGAAUUUCCACCCGGAAGAACAGACUCUGUAGAAUGAGUCAGGGAGACAUGCACAGGUCAGAAGAGCCAGUGCAGGGGUUUAUUACACCUGGAAACGCCUCCUGAAUGUCUCCGUGUGCUCAUCGGAGGACAGAAGAUGAAACAAAACAAAAAAAAUGGCCUUGUAAUGAAGUCCACACCAUGAGCCCCACUGGGUGUAUUCCUAGAGGCUGUCCUUGCUGGAGGCCGAGCAGAUGCCUGCCUCUGUCCUGACCUGUCAGCCCAGGAGAGGGGCUUGAAUCCAGCAGGAGGGGAAGGAGGCGGCCUUCAGCCCUGAGCCAUCUCCCACCCUUCCCUCCCCUUGGGUUUCUUUUCCUGUCAUGCUUCUGUGGCGCUCUGGGGAGUCGGGGUGGUUUUCUUUAGGUGUCCUAUUUAAGGUGGGAUAAAGGGCAUUGAAACUAAGAGAGACAGUUGGAAAUGACCUAGUUAACUGAGUGUUUUUAUUUCUUUCUGAGGACAAGGCAAGUCCUUAAACAUGCACCCUUAAACCCAAAGGAUGCAAGCAUGGGAGGAAGGGGCUCGUGCUCGCGUAUUCAGCGUUGUUUUUAAUGUGUUCAUGUGUGGAGCCAGCUGUCGAUGAAAUGCUAGCUUGGCUUUCCACAGGCUGCCUGCCCGAAUGCAGAAACUAGGCGAGUUCUCUCGCGUGCUUUGUAACAUUGCUUGUUAUAACGGGAGUGUGCUUGUGAUAUUUUUGAUGUAUUUAACUAGAAGAGUGAGAGUGAUUGUGUAGACCCAAUAGACCCAAUUAGCUCCCCUUUUUUCCUUCUAAAUUUUAUUAUGAACACAGUAGUCUGUUUCUUUUUUGAAACACGCUAGGCAUUUUAUUUGCUGUUUAUUGGCGUCUAGGGGUUUUAAGCAGCUGAGUGUGUUGGAGACUGGCAUUUAAGGGGUGCAGGUGGAUGCCCAAAACUGCUCAGUGUUGGGGUCCUCAGAGGAGAGGGUACGCUGGAGCUUUGGGCUGAUCGUCUCUGCUUUAGAGAAGCCGAGUGAGGACAUGGGUAUUAUUUUUAAACUUUUGUUUUAGUUUUUAUCAGAUAUUCAUCGGCCAUCUCCCGGAUGCCCCUAACAGAGUGUUUUGUUUACUUACGAAUCAGGUAUGACUGUUUUUAAAACCUGCUUUCCUGUAUGUCCUGGUUUGGUGGCCCAGGCCUGGGGGGAAUGUAUAUUUUCUGGGUCUGAACAAGGGAUCUUGUGAUUCAUUAGUUUCAGCCUGUGGGCCCACACGUGGCGGUUUUGAGAUCUGAGUGUGUGCCUGGGGAUGCAAACCCACGCUGGGUGGCCUGAGGGGUCAGGACAGCCGUCUCCACAGGAAGGACAGAGGCACUCCCCUUAAUGUGUCGCUGGCAUGACUCCCGCUGGGGAUCAGCCCACUGCACUGCAUUCUGGCUUCGCCGGUGUGCUCCCUGGCGUGCACUCGGAUGAGUGCCAUCUGGCACAAAGGAAGGGAGUCUGUGUGCUACCACUGAAAACAUCAGUUUGGAAAGUGAACAGACACUGAGAAAUAUUUUCCAUUCUAGUAUCAGACUGAUUUUCUCAGAGUGACGUGAGCAAAUAUUGAUAGUCCAGGGGCAGUCCACACCCCAGGGUUCCCAGUACCGGGAAGGGACCUGCACAUCUGGUUUUCCAGAGUUGUUUCUGUAGAUGAAACCUGACUUUUAAAAUAUUUUGAUUUAGAGCUCCUACUUUCCUGCUAACAUACCUUUUUUUUUUUUUUCUUUUAAAAAUUCUCUUCCACUCCAUUAAUGCCAUCUAACAUAAACCACCUGUUACUGAUUUGGGCCCAUCUCAGACGAAAUUACUGGUUGCUUUGAAUGCACUGGUCUUAAUUAGUGCAAAGGAGAAAUGAAAAGGAAUCAUUCCCCCAGCUAAUUGGGUGAACUGCAUAGCUUUCCCUCUCUUUUCCUCCCCAAAGGCCUUUGAAGCAGCGGAAAGCUUGCUGAGUGUUGGGGCUGGAUUCCACUCUGCCGAAUGUUUAUCUGCUGCCAAGCACCCACUUGGGGGCCCUUGUCUAGAAUGUGCUCUCAGACUAAAUUCGGCCAGCGGCAGGCUUCCUUGAUUGCUUUGUUCAGCUACUAGGGAGCCUGUCAUUUGCCCUCUUGGGAUGAUUUCCUUUUGUACCAAUUUCCUUUUUCUUCUGCGAUAGCACAUGGGAGCUUGGCUCCAAGCUCAGCUAACCUUAAUACCCUAACGGGUUGGAGAGAAGAAGGGGAAUGCAGUUCCCCCAGUGUGAGGUUCAGCAGACUUUUCCAGUAGAGGGCCAGACUCUAAAGACUUUCAGCUCUGCAGGCCGUUUCCUGCGGCCCCUCCUCUAGCACUGGGCAUGCCUGUGUUCCCAGACAGCCUGAGGAAAACGGGCUGCAGGUUGGAUUUGGCUCUCAGGGCCAUGGAUUGACUUGGUGGCAGUGGCAGGCUGACCUUGCUGAAGGCGUGCAAAAGAACCAGCUCAUGGGCAGGUGCAGCUCGUAGGAAGGAGGUCUGUAGGUAGGUGCGCCAUGUUCCUCUCCAGGCCGCCCUCUGCGUGUGUUUUACUCACGGGGCCAGUGGUAAAAUACCUUGUUUCCAGCAUGUGGCAUGCUUGUUUUUGUGUAAUUGAGCUGCCAGGCGUGGCGCUCCGUGAGUAUACCUCUCGUUGCCCUGGAUCGUGAUUGUGCUGGUCGUGUGUGUGGGUGUGUGUGGCUGGCUGCCUGGCUGCCCAGAAGACCCUUCAGGACUGAAGGACUUAGUCCCCCGACUGCCGGGUGUGCUGCUGGCUUCCCAUCCGCCGCUGUCAGGCCUCUUGGGCGCUUCCCCUGCUGAAACGUCCUGUGGGCUCGCUCCCCCCCCCCCCCAGCAACACUGAACGCCCGUCCAGCUCUAGAGCGGCGGGCGGGCGCAUGGCUGAGGCCCCUUUGUGUCUGCCCUGCAGCCCAGCUCCCGUCUUUUCUCCCCGAUGUUGCUCCCAAGGCCAGUGCCCUGUACACCUCCUGCACGAGACUCUCUGUUCACUUUCCCAGGACCCCAACCCCCACAGCAGUGCUCUAUACUUUUCUAUGCUUUGGGCUCGAACUCUGCCUUCGGAAACUGUUUUCUAAUUAUUUAGUACAAUGACAGGCUGUGCCUGUUAAUUUCAGGCACAAUGAAUGCAGAUUAGGUAGACUUACUAUUUAUUCCAAAUGUGAAUUGCUAUUUAUUCUAAAUGUUGAUUUUAUGUUACGUGACAUUGAACGUAUUGCCAAAUAAAAGUUGAAUUGGUUUGUCCAGUUAUUGCAAGGCAUCUGUUUGGUGUGCUUUUAGUGGCAAAGCCAUAUCACGUUCUAACGCACCCAAAAAGAAUGUUCCUGAGAGAAGAGGCAAAAGAUGGACGGUUCAUUCCCCACCACCCUUGCCCUCCCACCCCCAGCCAAACCUGCCUGCUUGUUUUCAGAGCUCGAAGGUCGUGUAGUUAAGCCACAGAAAUUGGUAUGCGUUUUGGCCUUAGGUGGACAGCAGGUACCCCACCUGGAAUUUGUGUCUCUCACCGACUGUUCCCUUCCUGGGCGUCUGCAGCCAGACCACCAGGAAGGCUGGACACUGGAAGCAGUGGUUUAGGGGAAGACAAGACAGUACUGCCGAACUAGGAGUAGAUGCUUUGAAGUCCGUUUACUACUGGGUUUUGGAUAAAUUUAUUUAAAAAAUUGUGAAGUUUUUUUUUUCCCUAAAAAUUGUUUAAUUAUGUAUGUGUUUAAACAGAAUAUCCUUGACCUCUCAUUGAGCCAGGACCUUGCUCUCACUCCUCCCACGGGUAGCCUGCUGAUUUUCCUCUCAAUCCCGUGCCUUUUGUCCCUGGGAUGGUGGAAGUGGAGGAAGCAACCGCGCAUUUGCCCCCACAUUCCUUUUGGGGACCAUGUCCUGGAAGGUCAGCCUUGCCCCACCGCGGAUCCUGUCCAGAGGAGGUGGAAAGGGGUGGAGUUUCCUCGAGGUCCUGGGGCCUGGCUUUCAGGCUAGUCCUCCCUGACAGGCAGCACAGGGCUUCCGCUCACCAUCCGGACAGCUCAGAACCCGUCCGUACCUCUUGUGCCAACAAAGUGCUCUAAGAGCUGCAGAGAGCCUAAGGGAUACGUCUGUCCAGUCCACUCAUUAAGACUUGAGCGUUCAAAGGGAAACCGGUGGGUCAAGAUCACCCAGGCAGUAGGUGGCAAACCCCACGCCUCUGGACUGCAAACUACGGCUGUGAACAUCGGGUCACACUGAUAGAAAGGAAUUUUAAGUGAUGGAAUCCCUUGCUGAUCAAAGUGUGACCCAUGGGCUUGUGGUGUGGGCAGUCACCUGAGAGCAGACAUGCAGAACCCGAGGCCCCACAACCCAUCUGCUGAAUCGCAAUAAGCAUUUUAAGAAAAUGGUCAGACUCUGAAGCUGCUGUAGUUGCAAAGGGAGAUGAGAAUACCAGCCAACACUAACGGAGGAUUUUCCCCCUGCCGGCCACGCGUCUAAGCACUUUACACAUACGAGCUCAUUUAUUUAUGACAAUGAACCUACGAAGUUGGUGCUUCAUCAUCUCUACUCUACAGAUGAGGAAACUGAGGCUGCGGGGGGUGGGGGGGGAAGAGUAACUCACUGGCGGUGAUGCACCACGUAAGCAGCAAGCCUAUGCUUCAAAUUCAAGGAAAGUGGCUCAGGGUCCCUGCUCUCAACCACAGCUGUGAGUCUCUGCCCUCUUUCAAGGGCUCACCUGAUACCUGCUUUGAGGCAACCCCUCCCUGAGGCGAAGGCAAGCAGACGUGGUACGUACCCCCAGGAAGUCCGUGAGCGAGGGGAGGGACAUCAGGACCUGCAGCAGAUUCCCGCUGCACGAGAAGCCGUCGCCCACGUAGCCUGCCUUGCAGGUGCAGUUCACAUCUGGAAGGCAGGAGCACACGGGGUCCCACCCCAAUGAGGCAGGGGCCCGGGUGCCCCAUCUCCCCUCAGGACACGGGCUGGCCAGGCUGAGGACUGCUUAGCGGCUGCGGGGCCUGGACUCCGAGGUGGAGCUGAGCCGUUACCUUUCAUUCGGUAGCAGAAGACGUCCCACAUUUCACUCUUGUUGUUUCUUGGCCCGUAGUCCACGAUCCCAACAACACCAGAGCCACAGUUCUGGGAGGCGUAGGAUGUGGGGUAGCCUACUCUCCCGCCAUCCAGCCAGCCUGCUGAACACAGGUGGUACUUGGCCUGUGGGGACACAGAUGUGGCCUUGGGUCAGCUGUAAUUUCUUCUUUGUUGUGGGGGUGCUUUGGCCAAUGUCUCAUUGCCCUGUCAGACUGUAAACUCCAUGGAGUCAGGGGUUAUGGCUCAUUUUGCCUACUGUACCCCUGUGCCUGGAACAUGACAGGUGUUCAAAAGAAAUAAAUUUUUGUCGAUUAAGCCA